GCACGAUUUGCGUUAUACCCAUCUAUUCUCUAUAAUCUUGCAAGGAAUAGGUUGCAGGACAACUGGCACUGGUGGGAUAAAAUUACAGAGCACGUCAUCUUGGGCGCCCUCCCCUUUGCAUCCAUGCUGGAAACGUUCCAGGACAAGGGCGUUCGCGCUGUUGUCACGCUCAAUGAGGACUUCGAAGUGUUUAUAUCCUCCGAGCAGUACAAGGAAAUUGGCAUCAGCCACCUGCACAUUCCCACGGUGGACUACCUCUACGCGCCGCCAGUGAAGGACCUGCACCGCGGAGUGCAGUUCAUUGCAGAGCAAGCGGCGGCUGGGGAGGUGACUUACGUGCACUGCAAGGCUGGGCGUGGCCGCAGCACGACGCUGGUGAUAUGCUACCUGGUGCGCGAGCUGGGCAUGAGCCCCCAGGAGGCCUACGCCUUCGUGCGCCAGAAACGGCCCCAGGUCUGCCUCGCCGACGGGCAAUGGAACGCCGUCCGCCAG